AUGCACGUUAAUGUGUUCCAAGAACCCUAAUCCAAUGAAUUACUGAAGAGAGCAAAGUCCAGUAGGGUUAUCGUAACCGACGCAACGUGAUCGAUCGCAUGCAGAUUGAUGUGCCAGGACAGUGAUUCCACUGUGUGACUGGUAGAUUGCGUACGAUAUCUUCAUCUUCAUCUUCAUGGAGAUUAUGAACUAUAUAUUACUUGCGGUGCGUAUGAUGCGCAGAUGAGAAUCGACUUUUGUUCAGGAAUAGAUUGAUUAUUUCAGAGGAGAAAAUUAACAGGGGAUGCGAGAUCUGCUAAACUGACCAGAUUGCCAGAUCACGGAGAUGGUGAAGCUGCAGCAGAUCCUCAAGAAAUGGAAGAAUAUCGCCGUGGGGACGCAGUCGUUCUCCGACAACGCGGCGGCGGUGGUGCCGAAGGGGUACCUGGCGCUGAGCGUCGGGGAGGAGAUGAGGCGGUUCGUGAUCCCGACGGAGUACCUGCACCACCGGGCCUUCGCGGCGCUACUGGAGAAGGCGGAGGAGGAGUUCGGGUUCGGUCAGGAAGGGGUGCUGCGGAUCCCCGGCGAGGUGGCGGCGUUCGAGAGCGUGCUCAGGGCGGUGGAGGAAAAAAAGAAGAAGAAGAAGAUUGACAUACAUAACAAAAAUUAAAAUAAGGAUUAAUUUUCUUAAGUACUACUUAUUAUCUGUGUAGUUACCGAACUUUGUGUGCACAAA